AAUAUGCCGAAUUUUUGCACUGCAAAUCCAAAAAAUUCACAGAUUUCGACGAGGUGCGGCAGGAAAUCGAAGCGGAAACCGACAGGGUGACAGGAACAAACAAAGGCAUCUCCCCCGUCCCCAUCAACCUCCGCGUCUACUCACCGCACGUGUUGAACCUGACUCUGAUCGAUCUCCCGGGCAUCACCAAAGUGCCGGUGGGGGAUCAACCGCAGGAUAUCGAGUACCAGAUCAAAGACAUGAUCCUGCAGUUCAUCAGCAGGGAGAGCAGCUUGAUCCUGGCUGUCACGCCGGCCAACAUGGACCUGGCCAACUCGGAUGCGCUCAAGAUGGCGAAAGAAGUUGAUCCUCAAGGCUUGCGGACGAUCGGAGUCAUCACCAAGCUGGAUCUGAUGGAUGAAGGCACAGAUGCCAGGGACGUGCUGGAGAACAAGCUGCUUCCUUUACGCAGAGGCUACAUCGGCGUCGUUAACCGCAGCCAGAAGGACAUUGAUGGUAAGAAGGACAUCAGGGCAGCUCUGGCAGCCGAGAGGAAGUUCUUCCUUUCUCACCCAGCGUACCGGCACAUGGCUGACCGCAUGGGCACCCCACAUUUGCAGAAAGUCCUGAACCAGCAACUGACCAACCACAUUCGGGAGACGUUGCCUUCGCUACGCAGCAAACUUCAGAGCCAGCUGCUGUCCCUGGAGAAGGAGGUGGAGGAGUACAAGAACUUCCGCCCCGAUGACCCCACGCGAAAAACCAAAGCUUUGCUACAAAUGGUCCAACAAUUUGGUGUGGACUUUGAGAAACGAAUCGAAGGUUCAGGAGACCAGGUGGACACACUCGAACUCUCCGGGGGUGCCAGAAUCAACCGCAUUUUCCACGAGAGAUUUCCUUUCGAGCUGGUGAAG